AGAAGGAGGCUGCGCGAUGCGUCGCGAAGCGGCGAGCGCGGGCGGCGCGUGGGCGGCGCUGGUGCUGCUGCUGGCGGCGACGGGCCCGGCCCUCGCCAAGCAGCAACGCGUGCCCUUCGUCUACUGCGACACCAGCACCGACGACGACUCCAUCUACAACUACUCCGCCACCGACAUCCACGGCGCGCGCAACAUCAGCCUCGCCGACUACCGGGGAAAGCAAGAACCAGGUAACAACGCCAGUGAAAUUUUGAAUGGCAUUAAAUAUGUCAGACCUGGAAAUGGUUUCGAACCCAAUUUCCAAAUGUUCAGUAAAAUUGACGUAAAUGGAGAGAAAGAACUUCCUCUGUUUACAUAUCUUAAGAGUCGCUGUCCAUCAACACGCAACUACUUCUCUGAUAAACACAGUCUCACCUACAAUAGAUUUGAACAUGCAGAUGUUCGCUGGAAUUGGGAAAAAUUCCUCAUUUCAAAAACUGGAAAACCUAUUAAAAGAUACGAUGCGAGUACUGACCCAUUCAAGAUCAGAGGAGAUAUUCAACGGUUAUUACGAAGAAAUAAUUAGAUUUUAUCUAACGACUCAAAUUUUAAAACUACCAUUAACAAUCAUUCUUCAUUCUAAAUAAAUUCCUUUGAAAAUUGUAAAAAUGAUAUAAAUACUACCAUUAUAAUGAUUUUGAUAAAAAUUCUUCGUGGUAAGAGGUAUAUAAAAACAAAUUUAGAAUUAGUUUUUAUAAUGAUAUGCCUUAAAUAACAAAAUAUGAAAAUCUCAAAAGAUUCAUUAGCAUUUAUUAUGUUUAUUUUCAGAAACAUCACAUUAUUGUUUCUCAAGUAUUGUCUGUAUGAGUUAUAUUUUAAUACAUGAUAAAAAUGAGAUUUUUAAGUUGCAUAGCCACAUUAGGCAAAAAUACUUGCAUUUAUUUCCUUUAAAAACAUGAGAACUUUUGUACAGUUGAUGCUGAUGGCUUCUGAAAUGAAAAGCUGACUAUAAACCAGUCCUCUGGUGAGUUCGCUUGGAAGAGUGUCUGCUGCUUGGUGUUCUUGUGCAUUCCACCCAAGUAACUGGCACUGAAGCCUGAAGUGUUAACCAUGAGAAAAGUUUAAGAGUAUCAAAAGAAAACUAAUGUAAUGAAAAAUUAUUAAAAUUACCUGUGUAAUUAUCAGAUGUUAUAUUUUUGUAAGUUUUGUGUGGCAUACAUAAGACAAUUGUUUGUUGAUGAACAUUAAUAAAAAUUAUUUUGAAAUAAAUUUGUCCAAUGCUUUCAUUACUGAACAAUGCAAUGCUAGGGAUACACAAAGAAGGGGACCUGGGAGUUAAAAAAAAAAAUAUUUUUUUAAAAAUUGUUCUUUUCUUCUAUUCUAUAACCCUGUUUUUCCUCUGUCAAGAAAUAUAUUAUUUUGCUUGUUU